AUGUGUCACUGUCACAUGAAUCAUCUACCAAAUCACCUCUCCACAGUUUCUAUCAUAAUCACUAGGCCAAAACACCCUUCAGCAUCUCAGGCCACUAUACAGCCCAACCCAUCCACAUCCCUUUACGAAACACAGCAAAUUCCCAACCCAGCGCCCAGCGCCUCCCAAUUCACAGAAAACAAGGCUCCAUUCCUUUCUAAAAAAGCCAUGAGCAAAAUCAAAGAGAACCUUGGGAAAAUACUCACGCUUAAGAAAGCCCCGUCCGAUGAAUGCACGCGUAGGCUUCUAGGAGAGCGUGAGCCUGAACCCCUAAGCUCUGUCUCCAAGUCAUCUUCCGAAUCUCUUUAUCCUACCCAAAAAGAGCUCGCAAGGCAUGAUCGUUGGACAGAAACGCAUACACCAGCAGGGCAUCUUAAUGCCGUCAGUGAUGCAUUCGGAGCUGCGGGCAAACAGACGCCAAACAGGGGUGAUACUACGCGACGCGAUAAUUCUUCCAUGCAGGAGGACCCGUUUGCGGAUCCGGUAGGAGGCGGUGCUGGAUAUACGACUGAAAAACGCCAUACUACGCCAGGCAGAAACCAUGCUGGGAGAUAA